CCAGUGGCUGUGGAUUUUUCAACGAUUUCUGUAUUGACAACCCCACCGACACGCAGCAGACUAUCAAAGAGGAGCUUGAGAUGGCGACUGGGGCACUUGAUGCGCUAUCAUGCAACAGCAUCUGCAUCACCAGCUCCACGGAUGAAGAAGAGCUGCGGGUUCAAUGUAAAAGGAAAAUCCCGUGCAUAGAGGAUCUGCCUAUUGACUUGUGGUUAGAGUUCAUGAGCUACUUAUCCUACUUGGAUCUGCAGCAGCUGCGUUUGGUGAACUGGCACUGUCGCAACGUGGUCAAUCGUCGCUACUUUCUGCACAAAGCCAAGGUGAUUGUUACCCAAGAUAAUAUUACGCAGCUGAAGAAGCACGUGGAGUGCGGCGCAUGCUAUUUGAGUUUCGAGCAUGUGGAGCUGCGCGACAUGAUUACCACCGGUGAGCUGGUGCAGCUCUUGCAGCUGGUGGGCAAGCAUGUGAAGCAUCUGCAGAUGGUGCGCUCCCCCGUGUUUUGCAACAUUGACGGCAGGCUGCCCAAUCUGCAAUCGCUGCAAAUCGCAACGACGACAUUUGAUGAUAAUGAUACCAGUAUGUAUGUCGAUGGGCUCGACUUGAAGCAGUUUACACAUCUCAAUGGCUUCGAGUGCGAUGGCGUCAGUCUGGAUCCCACGCUUAAGCUGCUGAUGUUGAUGCAGCUGCGACGCAGGGAGAACAGAGUCCGUUUGCGCCACUUGCAGUAUGAGUAUCGACGCAACAACGAGCCAGCGCUGCUGCAGGUGCUCUAUGAUCAUUCGGCCACGCUGCAGUGUGUGGACUUAUUCUUCAGCUGCACGCCCGGCAUAGACACGACGAGUUGGGGCAAAGCCUUCGAGCGCAUGCUGAAGCUCAAAACGUUGAAGCUCUCCGGCAACUGUCAUAUGUUGCUGCUGGAGGAAAUACUAAGGGCCAUACCAGCGCGCGCUCCACUGCGCAAUUUGGAUCUUACUGGAAUGCUGUCGCUGACCAAUGAUAUACUGCUGCGUGUAGCUAAAAAGUGGCCAAGAAGUCUGCGCUACUUGGAUUGCAUGUUCUGCGUGCAGCUGGACGACCGCUGUAUGGAGGCGCUGCAGCUGCUCAGCGGCUCGCUGGAGUGGCUGAGCAUUGCCUAUUGCCGCGGCAUAAACGGCGGUGCCUUGGCUGAGGGCCUCACCACGCAGCUGAACGACAAGCUGCAGCAGCUGAACCUGCAGGAUGUUUGCUUCAUAGAUGAGCAGGCCAUGUGUGCAAUGUUGGCGCGUUUGCCCAAUCUGCGCGAGCUUAGCUUGGACAACUGUAAAGGUGCCGCCACAGACAAAACUCUGGCCACUAUUUUUGAACAUCAAACGCGGCUGCGUGUGCUCUGCCUCGAUCACUGCAGCAGCAUCACAGACGGCGGCUUUCUAGGCGUCGGUCAGCGACCUUAUGGCAUUGCGCGUCUGCGUGGGCUCAACAAGCUGACGGUGCAGGCCUGUCGCAAUCUCACGGAUCGCUUUCUGUGUCGCGCGCUGCUGCUGCCCGAGCUUAAGUUGCUGAAGGUGGACUAUUGCAAUCGCUUGGAGACCAGAGGCAUAAAUGCGCUCAUCGACAAUUGUCGCGGGCUGGAGUCCUUGUCUAUGGCCAGCUGUUUCCUGAUGGACGAUGAAACUGUUUUCUUGAUUGUGCAAGGCCUGAAACGCUUGCGCUCUCUGACUAUAAGCAACUGUUCGCUGAUGACGCUGCAGGCGAUGCAUUAUAUCGCAUUGGGUGCGGACAAUCUGCGUGAGCUGACGGCGUGCGACAUUGAUGGGCUGGAUGUGGAGGCAGCAGAGAAGAUACUCGAGCGUCAUUCGCCGCCGUUGAAGCAGGUGUUGUUAUAGCAGGAGAGGCUUGUCAACUGACCGCAACUGGAAGUACAGCCUGAUUCUGAACUAUCCUCGGACGAAGAGGAUGAUGAGGACAGUGAGGGCAAUGAGGACGAGUCAGACGAUGUGGACGAGUCGGACGCUGAGGACGAGUCAGACUCGGAGGCAGAUGAUGGCGGUUGGGCGAUGUUUCAGAACUUUCGAGUUUAAGUUUAAGCAUGAACAGUGCAAUAGCAAUAGAUGUGUUAGCACAGCUCAAUGCAUCUACUUAUGACAUAUUUUACUUGAAAGUUUAAUGUUUAAACAAACUUUGAAGUACUUACUGUAUACAAGUUUAGGCUCAAAGUUUAAGCCAUCUUUAAGGUUUUCAUUGCAAACAAUAGUGAAAUAUCGGAAUUGAGCUCUGGUCAUACCUCCAGUUGCCAAUUAACUAAACGAGCUUAACAAAUUUUAUUGUGAGCUUUUUAAAAAAUACCCAAACAGUAUUAAACAUUAGUUACGAUACACUUAGCCCAGAGUAUAAAUAUUUAGCUACACAUCAAGUUAUUCCGGCCAUGUCCGCAUUGUCUAACAUAAUGAAUAUUCAAUAUCAAAACUUAACAACUUGGUCAUUUUAUUGAUGUUAGUGUGUUAAGACAAAUACUGUAAGGAAAAGAAUGAAAAUUGUUUUAACUUUGUUAGUUAACCAAGUUACUACUGUAUACAUAUUUGCUUUUCUUAUGAUAAAUGUUUAAAACUAAGAGAAAAGAAAAGCUGAAGGCGAAUGAAAAUUGAAUGAAAGCUUUGGAGGCUGAACGUUUAUUUUUUGUUAGCCAAGUUACUACUCUAUACUAUAUAUGUUUAAAACUAAGAAAAAUGAAAAUGAGCAACUUGUAUCUUAUGAUAAAUGUUUUAAACUAAAAAAAAAAUUAGCAAAAUUAGCAACCGGACUCCAAGCUCUGGAUAAUGGCUGGUUGAACAAGUGUCCAGUGAUUUUAAAAGAAAAACAUAUUUCUUGAAAUAUAUAUAUAGCUCGAUAUAGCGACUAUAACUAUAUGUACUCACAUUAUACAUGUACGA